CUGUCAAUUGGCUGUACGGUUGUGUUUCUUUUCUCAAAACGUCAAAAGAAGGAAAAAAAAUCUUAAAGUUAUCUUUCAUACUAUUAAUUAUCAACAGUCCUCUGAAUUCAACGUUUUUCUCAAUAAAUAGAGAUUUAACAAGUGACAAGUUCUUGCUGUGGCAUUGUUUGAUAGAUAUGCAUUAAGAAGAGAGAAACACUGUAAGUUAAAGCCCCGAAUCAGAGCAUCACUCAAAUCGCUGAAGUGGUGUAAGGGUGGUGUGCCAAGGACCUCCUUUUAUCUUUUAGUUUCCACCGAACAAUCACUUUUGAUGACUUAAGCGCGCUACUUUAAUUUUAGUCAGCGAACAACCCUUGGUAUUGGCUGUCAGCUACAACUAAUUUUUUUUUAUCUUCUUAUAAUAAUACGACAUGGCCGAAGGAAUCAAAAUUGAUCCUGCCAUUGAAAGAUGGGCACACAUUCGUGAAAACACUCACCUUUACUUCAAAUUUAACCAAAGAAACACAAGAAAAUCUUUGAUUUGGGGCGUUGCUGUUCCUAUCGCACUUACUAUCCUUGCCUACAAAACUGAUCGCAAGUGGGACUUUGCUGCAGCUCAAACCAAGGAAGACUUGACUCCUUCAAAGAAUUAAGAAAUGCAUAAAUAUGUGUAGAAUUGAAUUCGAUAAUAAACAUCAACAAACAUUUACUAUUCAGCUGUAACAUGGUUUUGUUUUUUCUUUUCUUUUCUUUUCUUC